AACGAAGGCGUGUCCACAAUUUUUGCCGGCAUCGUCCGUUCUUUUGUUGGAGCAAGUCCCUGGGCCUUUGCGAUCAGAAUUUUAUUCGUAUCCCUCCUCUGACACAAAGGGUACAAGGCUCCGUCCGCGCGUACGUGUGUGGGUAUCUCUCCUAAGCGCUACACAGUCUUGCUGCAACAACCACUCCAGCGAUCGGCGGGCAGUGUACUUGGCCCACCGGUGCCUUGCUUAAAUCUUCGCUGCUACCGCUUGUGUGUUGGCUCAUCUCUUUGGGGCCUAUAGAGACGAACAGUGCCCCCCCCCCCCCCCUCUUCAGCUCGCUAUUGAAUGCUUGCCGGGGUUUCUGCUCGACUCUCUCACCCCGUGUCCUCUUCGCCUGCUGUUGCUGCUGCUUCUACUGAACUCUGCGGCAAUGGACGCUGUGUUACCUGCGGGUAACGAGGCCCCUGCCUUUGGCUGGCUAAACGCAGCGGACCCGCAGGUGUUGCAGAUGCAGUACCAACGACUGUUGGCGGCCGGCAUGAGCCAUCACGCCGCCGGCUCCCUCGUGUGGAGCGGCCAGCACUCGCCGGAGUCUCCGCACGGAGCAGACCAACCAGCACACGAACCGGCUUACACGCAACUACAGAACGCGCAGCCGGCGCAUUGUCCGGACUUUGCGGGGCGGCCACAAGCCGAAGGCACUCUUCCCAAGCCGGCCAACCCCGUUCCUGUUGGCAGAGGACGCAAGAGGGCGGCUCCAAAAGAACCAAAAGCACCAAAGCCUCCGAAGGCACCCAAGGAACCAAAACCCCCAAAGCCACCCAAGGAGCCCAAAGCACCGAAGCCCCCCAAGGAGCCCAAGCCCCCCAAGGAGCCCAAGCCCCCCAAGGAGCCCAAGCCCCCCAAGGAGCCCAAGCCCCCCAAGGAGCCCAAGCCGCCCAAGGAGCCGAAGCCACCCAAGGAGAAGGGACGGCCCGGGAGGAAACCUGGCAGCGGCAAGCAGGAGAAGAUUACGGACACGUUUCAGAAGGUGAAGCGGAAGGUGGAUCGAUUCAACGGUGUCUCGGAGGCGGAGCUACUGCUGAAGACUCUGCCAGACAUCCUCACCUUCAACCUCGACAUUGUCAUUAUUGGCAUCAACCCUGGCCUGAUGGCAGCCUAUAAGGGGCAUCACUACCCUGGACCAGGAAACCAUUUCUGGAAGUGCCUAUUCCUGUCUGGACUCACAGACCAGCUUCUCAACCAUCUUGAUGACAAGUCGCUGCCAGAAAAAUAUGGCAUUGGAUUCACCAACAUGGUGGAGCGGACCACGCCAGGCAGCAAAGAUCUCAAGAGUAAGGAGAUCAGGGAAGGAGGGAAGAUUCUUUUGCAGAAGUUGCAAAAGUUCAAGCCGACUAUCGCAGUCUUCAACGGGAAAUGCAUUUUUGAAAUUUUCUUCAAGGAAGUUUUUGGAGAGAAGAUAAAAAAUUUUCAGUUUGGUGAGCAACCAAACAAGAUCCCUGAAACGGACAUUAUCGUGUACGUGAUGCCCUCGUCCAGCGCUCGCUGUGCCCAGUUCCCGCGCGCCCAGGACAAGGUUCACUUCUACAUCAAGAUGAAGGAGCUGAGGAACAGCACGAAGGGCGUCACACCCAAUGAAGAGAUCCAGGAGACGGAGUACACCUUCGACCUGCACAAAGCUAAAGAGGAUGCCAAGUUGAUGGCCAUCAAGGAGGAGAAGCACGACCCAGGAUACGACGCGGCUUAUGGAGGAGCACCUAACGAGUCGGAACAGAGCACGUCCUGCAACUACGCGCAGCUCCAGCCAGCGGACGUCUCCAUGGACUCUCCGCAACAAAUGCAGGACGAUUGCCCGGGUGGCGGCUGGAUAAUCCCGCAGUUCGAGGGGCAGGGCAUGGACGUGCCCGGACUCCCGCCUGCCCCGCAAGCCACCCCCCAGAACCCAGUUUGACUCCCGCUAAUCCAGGUUACUGCUGCGGCUGCCUGCGUAGUGACCAAACUCACCGCAGAGAGGUGGGGAAGGGUGGAGGAGGGGUGGUGGGGUGAUUGGAGGGGGGGGGGGGAGGCCCGUGUUCUAAAUGUUUUGUCGAUUGAAAGACUGCGGCGAUCACCUGCAGCAUAAACAUUUCCAUGCUCUCCCGUCUGCUCGGCCCCUGGCUUCAUCGACGAGCGCAUUGGAGGAGGGGGAAGUGCUGCAUCUCCCUUCCUGGAGAGGGGGGCUGUUACAGGUGCUAUUGUUUUUACCCCCUUUCAUACCCUCCUCAGGUUCACGUGAAAUGUUACCGAGCAACUUUUAUUAUUAUUUUGAUUGAUAGCUACUGACGACGAGUAGAUGUUUUAGCAUGUGAGGAAAUUACCAUUGUUUACAGGCGUCAAACAACAACAACACGAACUUAAACUACCGCUUGGGUUUUCGCGGUUGUGUGUGCUUGUACAGCUUUCCAAUGUUUUUCCAUUUGCUGAAUAAUCUCCCAGUACGCGCGAGUGAAACAUCGGAUGUCGUGCCGAACGAACACGCAUUACAACAUGAAAACACAUUGGAGAGCUAUGUUAACUUAUUUUGAAAUUGCACAUCGGUCUAAGGGAAUGCGCUUGCGUUAAUUCCGGAAACGUCCGAUGUACCUUGUGUUUUGCAUGUACAUUGCUUCUGAAAGUUUAAAUUGACGUGUUCCGCUGUACAAUGAUGUCAAGCCUGAAGUAGGGCGGGUGACCCAUUUUUCGAUACCCCAGUAAUUUCGAAUGACCUCUACUUGCACGUUGUUGAAUGUUGUUAGAAUUUUACAUGGGAUAUAUUUGAUGGUGUGUCAGGAGAGAUUGCUGGGAGAUGCACAUACAAAUCUGGUUUAAAUUUUCUCCCGAUAUAUCUCCAUGUGUUAUCUAUGAAUGGAUCGCCCUGUCUGAAAAAUAUUGAUCACGUGAUGGGGUUUUUUUAAGUGCUGGGUGCACACGGCUGCCUGACUGAAGUGUCCGAUGGUUUUUCAAUGAUCAUCAGCUCUUCGCACGGAUCAUUGGUACUCGGAUAGUUGCUCCGAAGACCGACCUUUUUAAAACACCGCAGCAACGUUUUCUUGAAUUGUUGCAUAAAACGCACCGAAAGGAUGGAGGAAUCCUUGUAUACUAAUUUUUAACCUUGGAAUCACCAAAUUCGGUGGUCUCAUUUGUUGGUACAAUUUUAACCCAAACAAGUGAUGAGUGUUGUAGGAUUUGCGACUAAUAUUAGAAGUUGAAAAUAUUCACUUGUGUUGAGUUUUAAAUUGAGGAUUGAACUAAAAUAAUGUCAUCGCUUCGACGGAGUACCUCGAGUCCCCCAAGUUAAGUGUGGCUUGCCCACAUGAUAGUGUGGCCUCGUUGUCCAUGCGGUGUGGCCCCUGUCUCUGUGAGAUCCGCUUGGCCUACCUAACUGCAUGUGGCACAAAUCGGUGCAGCUAAUGAGAACGUUCGGGUGCAAGUGUCGUCUUGUGGGUUGGGCUGUGUUGAAUAUUUCUCUCAAGCUUUUGCACUAGGGGCCUACACUGCAGGCAUCUUCACGAGCUGAAGUGCAGAGCUGAGAUGAAAUGGAGUUCAACUCCUGAAGAUGCCCACAGCAGGUGCGUGGUGAAAGUUUGACGGAAGUUUCGCUGGACCACGUAGCUGAACCCAGAAGGACCACACUCAGAUUAACAGUGGCUGCGAAAACCUACGUGCGAAUGAGAAAACACGAGAUUAAGCGGCACUUGUGGCGAUUUGCGAGAUAUGGUGUUAUGGGCUUGUUCAAAAUGUUAUCGCUGGGCAGCUAUGGUUAAGAACGCGUGCUUGUCACUUGAAUGAUUGAAUGGACACGAUAGUUGCCAUGGAGGGCAGUAAUUAGGUAGUUAUUGAACACUAUUUUCUCCAAAUGUUAACCUAUGGCCUGUAAGUCACAGGGAUUUUAGGUCGCAACGCACUUUCACCUGUUGCGCGCUCGCAGGAUAACACGGCACGAAUCCACAGGCAUUCUUCACUGCCACCUUGUGCUUGCACGUGCACGCCCUACGUAACUCUCACGUCCAGGUGCACUCCUGCGCACACAACCCGUGCUUCUUUGUGCCCCAUUACUCUUCAAUAUCAUGGCCCCCUCCCACAUCCACGCCAAUGCAAUAUUUCAGAUAUUCGUGGCAGCGUCGUGAACAUUAGACUUUUUUUCAACAUAGUUGCCAUCAACAUCUGAAGUUUAUUUCCCUCGAGUAAAACCACUUGAGAUAAAUAGUGCUCUUUUAAGAGAAACUAUUGUCACGAUUGCAGCGCUUGUGCCCAUGUGAAACCAGGUCGGAAUUCCAUCCUGGUUAAAUGAUUCAUUGGUGUCUUGUAUGACAGCCAUCCUUCAGUAUGCUGAACAGAUACAAAUGUUGAGUGCCAGAUCUGGGAUGUGCGGUGGAUGGGGGGGGGGGGGCAACAGAGUCCAUUCGGACUGCUAUGGUCUCUGAUUUUCUCAGGCUCUGUGUUGGUCUGGAAUUGUGUUGGAGGGCAGCUGACAAUGUCGUGACAUUUCCAUGAAUAUCUAAAAUUGUGUAUAUUGCCUCAAUAAAAAUAUAAAGUUAGAAAAAUAUAUAGGAGGCAUUACUACUUUUGGGGAGUUCUUCGUAGUAUAGUCUAGUGUAGUUGGGUUGCCUGUAAUGACUGAAUUUCACCAUUCCUCAACUGUACUGUAUAUGGUGCUACUUAAGAGUGGAUUUGUUGAUUUAAGUUGCGAGUGUAAUUUUAAUUACUCUAAACGCAACUUUGAUGCCGGUUAUUGGUGCUAAACUUGUGUGUAGGUAUUUGCUACUUUUUUUUAGAAUGGCCAGCUUGGGGUGUAGUUUGAGUUGCUGUCUUGCCACGCAAAAGCUUACGAAUAGCCUGAUUUUUUUGAAUGCCUUAUCCAAGGUAGGGCCAAUUUUGAGGAGGGGGGGGGGGGGGGUGCUCCUAUGGGCAAUUUGAUUGGCUAGGUCCCAGUGCUGCUGCGUACAAUUACGCGGUUGUGCCCUACGGCUCUGAUGCGUUUGUCGGGUUAUACCGCGUGCUGUUCGGCAUGUCUUUCUUUUUGUUCCGCGAGUUGGGAACAACAACUUCCAAUUCAUUUGGGAGUAAAACAUCAGACGUGCCGAACAAUGCUUGGUACAACCAGAAAACACGUUAAGCUGUAGGCCCAAUGUUCCUUUUAUACACUGGUGGUUACUUGGCACGCAACAAUUCACCACCCACCCCAGGGAUAUGAAUCGUCACGAUUCAGGGUCUAGAUUCUGUUAAAGAAUCAAUUAUUAUCUCAUUCUCAUCACCUUCAUUUGUUAUCGUUUCUCAUUUGUGUUCCGUCUAGUUUGUACAGUAUUGUCUGCUGCAUUGUCCUGAACGUUGUGACGUCGGUAUAUGAUGUGCGUGCACAGUAACAGAAAUUGCAAAUUAUUCUCGCACGCACAACUAUGAAGUUCCUAUCGUGAGAUUGUGAGCGUAAGAAUCGAUGUUGACCGAUGAUUCGGUGCAUUUCGUUAUGCGUAUGGCAAUGAGAGGCCAGCCCUGUGCAUGCUGGAUCAUGAAAACAGGCUGAACACACCUACUCCUUUCACACAGGAUAUUGUGACUUUUAGCAGUGGUUGGGUUGGUUCCUGGAAAAGCCACGGGUCCAUAUUUACAUCCAGGGCCCAAGCCAUGCAUUUAUACAUUUUUGCUCAAUGGGGGAAUAGCUGUGCAGAUCCUAUUUUUACAGCCCUUUUGUCACUCCACUGCUGGAUGAGGGCCUCUCCAAGCUGCGUGGGUUGUGGCAAUUUUGACCGUACUUUGGUCUGUGUGGGUUGCUGAAUUGGUGGGAGUUGUAAAUAUUUGAGCAUUGUGCAGUACAACAAAUUUUGUCGUGCUGUCCACAACGUAGCCCUGUUGCAGCCGACAGCACAUGUUUUAUGCACGGUGGUCAACCAAACCGCUAUCCUUUGUUUGCUUAGCCUCCGAGAUCUGACGAGAUGGGGCGCAUUCUGCAACAGCAUACAGCAAUUUUACUUAGCAGGGGGGCAACUCUUAGACAAUGUUUUAGAUGUAUUUUUAAAGCAAUGUCAGAAUUAUCCUGAUGGUAUCUGUGGAAUCUUGAUCUCUGUAUUCUAAUAAAGAAAUGGAUUUACAGUAUAUACCAAUAUCAACCCUAGAGUGUAUCAUGUAUGUUAAAACCGUUUCACUUGAAUCUGUUCUUUAAAAGAGCAGGUUAUAAACUUUCAGCAUCGGCAAUUUUCUACGCUGGAUGAAGGCCAUCCUGCACAUAACCAUCUCUCUCGGUCCUGCAAUGUUGUCAGGGCAGCUCACAGCGGCACUUGAACUAAUCUCAUUGCUCCAUCUCCACAGUGGUUGCCCAUUUUGAGGUGAUCUCGCCUUUGACCGCCACUAUCCGCUGUGUUUAUUGGCAAUCGUCCCUUCUCAUGACGUGUCCUGCCAAACUCCUUAAGUCAUUGAUGUGUGUUCCCAGGCCAAUGUUUCCUCGUAAUCUCAAGCAGUAUGUCAAUGCUUUGCAUGCUUCUCUGAUACCUGCAUUUUCUUUGCAGUCUCAUAUUUUCCAUCCGCAAGUUGAUGGCAGUAAUGUCUCCAAGUUUAAAAAAAUAUAUAUAUCCUUUACGCUAUCAACUUCAUUGUUCCAAAGAACACUUCAUCGCGAUGUUAUUUGCCUUUUUGGUUUAAUCUGUAUUGAGUCUUGAUACACUGUCAGUUGAAAGAUUCUGCUUUGUCUGCAAUAAGUUAUUUCAACGCCAAGCAAAAUUGUACUUGAUUUUUGCUUUGUUCGUGUAUUUAUUGGGUCCAACAUUACAACCUUGAAAAUAUGUUAAAUCAUUGUAAAUGCAUUUUCAUUGGUUAAAUCUUGUUUGUAAAUAUGGUAUGAAUUGAUGCCAAAUUAUUUGGUCAUGCCUUCA